AUGGGGGUUAUCAUCCUCGCUGUACUUCUGGCUUCGGCGACGGUGAUCGCUUGGCUGCUCUACAAACACUUGAGAAUGCGUCAAGCUUUGAAGCAUCUCAAUCAGCCACGAUCAUACCCAAUCAUCGGUCACGGACUCAUCACCAAGCCAGAUCCAGAGGGAUUCAUGAACCAAGUGAUUGGAAUGGGAUAUUUAUAUCCAGAUCCACGAAUGUGUCUUCUGUGGAUUGGUCCAUUCCCAUGCCUGAUGCUCUACUCUGGCGACCUUGUUGAAGCAAUUUUCUCGUCGACGAAACAUCUGAACAGGGUUCGCAUACGUUUUGCUUGAACCAUGGCUUGGAAUCAGUAUUUUGACGAGCCAGAAAGAACAAUGGCGUCUUUUUUUGAUUUUCUUUUAUUGAAGAUUUUGGUUCAGAAAUUGUGUUGCCUUGGUGCAGAUGAAAGAGUUGAUGUUCUCUCCGUUAUCGCCCUUUGUACUCUUGAUAUCAUCUGCGAAACUUCCAUGGGAAUAGCUAUCGGCGCUCAACUCGCUGAGAAUAACGAGUAUGUAUGGGCAGUGCACACAAUCAAUAAACUGAUUUCAAAGCGAACAAAUAAUCCUUUGAUGUGGAAUUCAUUUAUUUACAAUUUAACAGAGGACGGACGGACGCAUGAAAAAUGUCUUCAUAUUUUCCAUGAUUUUACGAAGAAAUUGAUUGGCGAGAGAAAAUAAGCACUACAGGAGAAUGAUUAUAAGAUGGAAGGUCGUCUCGCAUUCCUGGAUCUUCUUCUCGAAAUGGUAAACAGUGGACAAAUGGACGAAACAGAUGUUCAAGCAGAAGGAUUAAUGUGGGCAGUUCAUCUUCUGGGAAAUCAUCCCGACGUUCAGAGAAAAGUUCAAGCGGAACUGGAUGAAGUAAUGGGCGACGAUGAAGAUGUGACUAUUGAACAUCUCUCCAGAAUGAAAUAUCUUGAAUGUGCAUUGAAAGAAGCUCUGCGUCUCUUUCCAUCUGUUUUAAUUAUUACGAGAGAACUGAGUGAUGAUCAAGUAAUUGGAGGCUUUAAUAUUCCAAAAGGAGUCACUUUUCUGCUCAACCUGUACCUUGUUCACCGCGAUCCUGCUCAAUGGAAGGAUCCUGAUGUUUUCGAUCCGGAUCGUUUCCAUCCUGAAAACUCAAUUGGUCGAAAAUCAUUCGCCUUUAUCCCAUUCUCAGCUGGAAGCCGUAAUUGCAUCGGUCAACGUUUUGCACUUAUGGAAGAGAAGGUCAUCAUGGCUCAUUUGUUGAGAAAUUUCAAUAUAAAAGCUGUCGAGUUGAUGCACGAGGUCCGUCCAAAAAUGGAGAUCAUCGUUCGCCCGGUCACUCCAAUCCACAUGAAGCUCACCAGACGCCGUCCCAUCGCCUCUCCAUGA